AUGGAGUCCACGUUGUACGACCCGGGUCUGUCUCUGUCAGGGACCAUGUGGAAUGUGUCUAUGGACCUCAUGUGCGGAAGCGGAGAGGAGUGGUACGGAAGCGCCAAGGCCUGGAAUUACAAGUCCCCACAACACAUAUGUGAAGGUGCGGGCUGGAACCCGCUGGAGGCUGGCGACGUAGACGAAGGCGAAGGCGCGGGCUGGAACCCCCUGGAGGCUGGUAACGAAGGCGAAGAUGCGGGCUGGAACCCACUGGAGGCUGAUGACCUAGACGAAGGCGAAGGCGAAAGCGUAGGUGCGGGCUGGGACCCCCUGGAGGCUGGUAACGAAGGCGAAGGCGAAGGCGAAGGCAAAGGCGUAGGUGCUGCCUGGAACUCGCUGGAGGCUGAUGGCGAGGACGUAAGCGCUGGAGGCUGGUGACUGGGGACCACAGGCGUAGGCGAGGGCUGGAACCCGCUGGAGGCUGGCGGCAAAAGCGUGGGCUGAGACCCACAGGUGACCAGACCACUGGCUGGGAAACCCUCCAGGGCCUGGGCCAGACCACCGACGGAGUUUUGCCGGGAGCUGGUGGCCUGGGAGCCGAUGAAGGGUCUCUGGCAAUAAAUGACCUCGGCCGGACCCCUGACCGAGGAGCGGGCACUGGACUUGACGUAGGACUCGGCCAGGCCUCCGACCGAGGUGCAGGAGCAGGCGCAGGACCUGGCGUGGGACUCGGCCGGGCCUCCGACCGAGGUGCAGGAGCAGGCGCAGGACCUGGCGUGGGACUCGGCCGGGCCUCCGACCGAGG